AUGAACAACAAAAUUAUUUAUAUUCUCCUUUUGUUUACUCUUUCCUCUUCAAAUUUACAAAUUAAUGAACGAUUUUUGGUUAAAUCUACAGAAGAUAAUAAAAAUGAGGAUGGAUCCUUUAAAGUAAUUUUAUUGAGAAUGGAAUUCACUAAAAUAGUUGAAGAUGGGAAAAUAAAAAGUAAAAUUGAAAUUUUGUGUGAAAUUGAUGAAAAUAUCGAAAAAGAUAAAAUUUCCUUAUUUAUGAAUGCACCCAUUCAGAAUUUACUUAUAAGAGAAUUUUCACUUAAUAAAAGUGUGAUUGAUGGAAAUAAAGGAAAAAAACUGAUGUUAUUUGAAUUAUUGUUUAAUUUUUUAGAAGUAGUUACUAUUAGCAUUGUUCUAACUGAUAAUGAUGGAACAGAAAUUGUGGAUAGGGUAAAAGAAGACUAG